UAUAGCUUAAAACAUGGCAUCAAAUAAUGAUUUCUACGAUGAAGUGAGAAACUCGCGAAACUUUACCGGAAAAGUAGUAUUGGUUACGGGAUCUGGUGUUGGUAUCGGUGCUUCAAUUGUCAAGUUAUAUUCAGCACUGGGAGCUAAUGUGGUGAUCACCAGUCAAAAUGCAGAUGAUGUCCAUAAAGUGGCUGUCGAAGCGCAACAGUUAUCACCUAAAAAACUUAAGCCAUUAGAAGUGAUCGCAGAUCUAACCAAAUCGGAUGAAUUGAAAAACUUAUUAAACAAAACCAUCAAAACAUUUGGCAAAUUAGAUAUUUUGGUCAACAAUGCCGGCAGUAUAUCAUACGCUCCUAUAGCUGAUCCUCUAUUUAUUGAUAAACUCAAGUCAACCGAAACACUUGAUAUCAAUGCAACACUAGAGCUGACACAACUGGCCAUUCCUUAUCUGGUGAAAACCAAUGGCAACAUUAUUAUGAUUACAGCAACUAUUACUGAUAGACCGUUAAAAGGUUAUCUUGGUUAUAUUAUUGGUAAAAGUGCAUUGGAGCAAGCCACCAAGGUACUAUCAAUUGAAUUGGGUAGUCAAGGCGUACGAGUUAACUCAGUUAGCCCGGGUGAAGUUGACUCUAAGACCGUAAUUAUUGAGUCAACACUUUUAGAUCGGUCAGCAAAACAGACACCACUGGGCAGAGUAGGUGAUCCCCGAGAUAUUGCCACUGCUGUUGUCUUCCUGAGCUCAUCGGACGCCCGAUUCAUAACCGGUCACUGUUUGGUAGUCGACGGCGGACUUCAAUAUAAUAUGGAUUCAGAAUAUUUGGAAAAUUAUAACUUUUGA